GAAAAAAAACAUGGCGGAGACAUUGAGAGCAGCAUUUACCACUGUAACUGAGACUGUUUUUCCCAAUUCACGCUCGCUACGAAACAUCCAAAGACGCCACAUAACAAGUACUGUAACAACUUCAUGCUUGUUCAGGCAAGCCUAGGAUUAUAGCAGCUUAAUGAACCACACAAGCUCAUAAGGAUGUUUUCUGUUUCUUCUUCCCAGGGAAUGAAAUAGUUUCCAACCUAGCACUACAGAUGUCUUUAUACUUCAAUGUAUAUUUUUCUCCCUUUUGGUAUACGACCUGUAUUGUUAUGCUGGUGGCAAAGGUAAAACUAAAAGUAUGGAAAUUGAAUUAACUCCCAUGACGUUCCUAAUGCUUUUUAUCAUGGUCACAAAUUCCUAUGAGAUAUUGUUACUGGAAUUGAAGAAGGUAACAAGAACUCAGAGAAAAUGUGAUUAAUUGUCAACCUCUUCCCAGGACGGAUAGGAGAGAACCCAGGGAACGAGGUUGAUUAAUUGUGAGAAACUAAGUCUAACUGUGCUGAAACUGAAAUAAUUAUCACAGAAGAGCUGCGCACAACUGACAUAAUAAUUUUUUGGGCACUUUUCGUGGUAAAAUUGUGCUUACCAGUUGUUCGCUACGAAAUUGUUUCACUAAAAGUCAUUUUGCUGCAAAAUGAAGUCGAUUCGCUGCAAAGUCGUUUCACUGCAUCAUGUCCAGAUGGUACUGAAAUUGACUUUUUGUAUAAAAACCUAUAAAAGACACUUGAAAUUGUCUAAAAAGAGGUAAUACUAAUGAGUUCAUUACGUCCUCGCUGAGUUAAUCUUCGAAAAUUAAUUUUCGCAGGGAUACCGUUGUGGACUAAUGAUCUUGGGUUUUUCUUUGAUUCAAACAAUUUUUGUUGUUGAUUAUAUUUUUGCAGAAUAAUUCUUUCAAAGUCUCUUUUCUUCUCGUAGUUUCAAACUUUGGUCCGAAAUUGCAUAGUACAGGUAAGAAACAAACCCAAUGGCUCUUUUAAGAGCCACCGACUUAAACUUAAAUCAUGACCAAUAAACAGUUAUCUAAUUAUCUACCUUAUCUACCCAUAACAACAUAUACUCAAGGUAUGAAGAGACUUAACUUUUAUUAUGAACAGAAUUUACCCUAGUAUGCAGCGAAAUGAAAAAUGUUUUGCAGCAAAUCAACUUCAUGAUGCAGUGAAACGACUUUGCAACUUUGCAGCAAAUUGGCUUCAUUAUGCAGCGAAACAACUUUGUAGCAAAGUGACCAGACACCAAAAUUGCCAUACAACCGCAUACAUCUCCUAUGCAUGAAGCAGUCUCAUACUAUUUUACACAAGUACCAUGAGUAGAGUUGAAACAUGUUUGAAUCAUAAAUGUAUGGGACUUAGCAGAAAUCUUACCAAAUUAAGUUGUCUAAUAGAAAUGUGUGACAGAAAGUACAGUUCAACAUUUUUGACUGUUGGAAUACCUCGUAAAAUUCUUUGAAUUGCUACUGAUAUAUGUAAAACAUCAAGUGUGCAAACUUUUCUUUAUAUUAGAGGAAUAGAAAGAGAAGAAUUUAAGAAAAAGAAAUAUAAUAUGUUUGUUAUCUUUUUAUCCUGAAUUGUCAUUCUUUUAUUAUUGCUCUGGAGAGUCAAUUUUUUUGAGCUUUUUUCCUUAGUCAUGGGGUAUAACCGUAGCUGAUGUUACUGGUUCACUUGGCCAAGGUCUUGGAGUUCUGGACUAGCACAUAUUUUUUGGCUGAUCUUCAGCGCCACUAUUAAAAAUCUCAUUCCCAGCUUUCGUUUCUUCCUGUCAACUAUAAAUAAUUUGUUUUCUUGUAAGCAGAUGUCUUAAGCUAAAAUUUAAUUCACUGAAGAGGAAGUCAUUAGAAACAUUAUUGCUCAGUAAUUCUUGUGAAUCAGUUUUGUCUAACACAAGUUUUUGUCAGCCCAAGUAAUUGGAUCAGCAGAUUUUCAAGUACUGUUUCUACAGAUUUUAGUGAAGCUGUUCUAUACUUUUUCUUGGGAGGCCUUUACCUAUUGAACUAGUCAGCAGCAAAAGUUACUUGCCCCAGCAGGAAAAUUUGUUGGUCCCAUACCAGACAACCAGACAGGUUAUUUUUUCAAGCCUUGCACUAAUUUUUGUUGUUAUAAAGAUGAUGCAUGCAUGUUGACAUGCAAUUUUGGUCUUUUUAGUAUUCAAAGCUUGACUCAGUUUACAAGUUCAUAACAAUAGUCAUCUAUAUCACCAUGGCAAUAUUGGAAAUAGCCAGACUUUAUCUGGGAUAUGCUGGAAAUCUUCAGGAAAAGGUGAGUCAAACACCUUAAAUUUGCUGUGCUUUGACUUAAGGUUUUAUAUCUGGGAAUGUUACUGUCCAUUAUUUGAAGUGGCUAUAGUAAAUAAAUAAAGUUUUUAAAUUAAAUGAUGAUUUCAAGGUAGCACAUCCACAUAGUGGUUCUUCGUCUACCUGAUUCCUGGUCGAAUUGGAGUUUGUAAAUGUUGGUUUUUGAGGAGAGGGGAAAACUGGAGUACACGGAGAAAAACCUCUCGGAGCAAGGGAGACAAUCAACAACAAACUCAACCCACAUAUGGUGUCAACGCCAGAAUUUGAACCGCAGCCACAUUGGUGGGAGGCGAGUGCUUUCACCACUGCGCCACCUUUGCUCCCCAAGGUUGUACCUGGUUGUAGCACCUGGUUGUUCAAAACUUGGAUGAUUAGCAAGUCUGCAAUUUUACAAUAGGCUUGUGCAACUGCUUAUAGUAAAAUAAACAUUGACCAGUUACUAUCAGCUGCUGUUUAAAGAAACACAUCCAAACUAACCAUAAACAUAGAAGGAAGUACCAUCCCUUAGCAAGGGCUGAAAUUUAACGUAGAUUUCUUUCUUUCUUUAUUAUUAAUUAAAUUUGUUUUAAGACAUCCCAUUUGUGACUAACUCUCCUUGGUAAUUUACCACUCCUAGCCAAUUUUUGGGUGGUUAUUUAAGAGAAGUUUAAUUGAUCUUUAUAAUGAAACUUUUUUUAAACUUUCAUCAGGUACCUGAAUUGGCUGGCUUUUGGAUAAUCACCCUUGUCUUACAACUUCCACUUACACUGAUGUUGUUGCUAAAUGAAAGCAUGUUGAUUAUGCCAAUGGAGAGAGCUGUCAACAUCAUAAUGACCUUGUUUGUUCUAUUUGAGACAAUCCAAGGAUACAGAGUGUUAAGAAUAAUGAUUGGUCACCAAAUCUCUAAAUUUCAUGUGCAGCAGUUUGAUGACUUGACUGAACUGCAAGAGGUGCAGGAACAAGAUGUGGAAGAGGUGGGAUUUAGGCCACAGUAAACUGCAAAAGACUUCAAAAAUCAAUACUAUGUUAUAUUUAAAACAAAACGAAACAGAAACAACUGACAAUAUAUCUUAAAAUUGUCAUUAAAAUAGUAUUUCUAAUGUACUUUUCUAUCACAAGGCCAACUUUAAGUUAAAGUAAUGUACAUACUAAAUCCAGCUAUGUUUCUGUAAGUUCCAAGCC